UCACUGCCAGACAUCGUAUCCAUCCCAUCGCUCAAGUCUAUCACUAAUUCACCGUCCAUUCGCUCAACCAACUCUAAAUCCUUAAUCCCCAUCAAUCCACCGCCAAAAUGCGCACUGCCAUCCUCGUCUCCGCCUUCGCGGCCGCUGCCUUCGCCCAGUCCUCCUCCGGCGACGACUUCCCGCAGACCUCCUUCCUCACCAUGACCAACUCGCUAGGCGUCGUAACGGGGCAGCCCGCGCCCGCGACCGACAUCCCCAGCCAGCCCGCGCAGGUGACCUCGCAGCCGGCCGCCGACACCUCCGUCGGCAUCCCCGCGACCAUCCCCGCCGUCGGCACCGGCAUCAACACCGUCCUCGUCCCCGGCACCGGCAAUACCACCCGCACCCUCGUCGUCUCCGCCAACAACAGCACCACCAUCGUGCUGGGCGGCGGCGCCACCAGCAGCGGCGCGUCGACGACGGGCGGCACGGGCGCUGGCUCGUCUGCUACCGGCACGGACGGCUCCGAGGCGUCGGGCAGCGGGGCCAGCGCGACGGGCUCGGGCACCGGCGCGCAGUCUACGGGUGCUGCUGCGACGGGGCGCGCGCUGGCUGGCGGUCUCGUCGGCGCGGGUGCGUUCGUCGCUGCUUUCUUGUAAGCUGGGAAGAAGAGCUUGGUCUUUGCGUCGCGUCGCUUCGUCCAGCUACGCUACGUUCUUGGAUACACAAAACAAAAAGAUACUCGGUUUGGCAGCUGGCUAGCUGCCGUUCGGUCCUUUCGAAAUAUACCUCUGGGUCUGCUUUGCAUUGCAUUGGCGCUUGGGGUGCUGGCUGGUUGGCAUGCCUCGCCCCUGGAUGUUCUGUUUUUGGCUAGUAAUGGUAAUUCGCACAGCAAUAUGCGUUGGGGAUUGGAUUGGAUUGCGUUGGAUUGGAUAAUGGAUGCGCGCUUCGCUGUUUGUUCGUUCGG